UUCCAGCUGAAAAGAGCUGGUAACAACCAGGACUUGACAGGGAGCUAUCUGAGCAGAGGUUACAAAGCAACAACAUGUUCUACAGAGUGAGUUAACACAUCUGUACUUCAAAAAAUAAAAUAAAAUACAGCAGCCAUCUUGUAUCCUGUUACAGCUAAUCGGUGAAGGAGACUGGAUAAUAAGAGAAUGGCUGAGCUGAACAACCAUCCAUAAACAUAUCCCACUGAGCUCUCCAAUUCAUUCGACAAGCCAUGUCUUCUGAGGUUUUUCUGCAUGCUAAGAACCCAGUGAUGGUGACGAUGGAUACUUCUUGGCAGGUGAUUGGACUGUGCAUUAUUGCAUUUUAUCUCCUUGGCCCAGUAACAGGUAAAGAAAUUUGCUACGAUAGGCUUGGCUGUUUUUCAGAUGACCCACCCUGGGCUGGGAUACCAGGGAGACCUCUGAAAGGUUUGCCUGACUCUCCAGAGCAUAUGAACACCAGCUUUUCUCUCUACACAAGAGAAACAGGAAAUAACUCACAGGUGAUCUCAGCGAUAAACUCCUCAACCAUCCAAAACUCCUACUUUUCCUCACGCAGGAAAACCUCCUUCAUCAUUCAUGGAUUUGGCAGCACUGGAAAAAAAGGCUGGGUGGUAGAAAUGUGCUUGCUGUUACUGGAGGUGGAAAAUAUGAACUGCAUUGCUGUUGAUUGGAAAGAGGGUGCAAAAGGCACCUAUGUCAGUGCAGUGAGAAACAUCCGUGUGAUUGGGGCUGAGGUUGCUUAUUUCAUAAAAACGCUACAGAAAAUCUUCAAGUACUCCCCUUCUGAAAUCCAUUUAAUUGGCCACAGUCUUGGUGCACAUACUGCAGGAGAAGCAGGAAGAAGAACCCAAGGCAUCAGACGAAUAACAGGUUUGGACCCUGCUGGGCCUUUUUUUGAAGGUACUCCUCCUGAGGUGAGACUGGACCCUUCAGAUGCAAGACUGGUUGAUGUUAUUCACAGUAAUGGUGCCCGCUUUCCUGCUGUAGGGCUUGGAAUGUAUAACACCACUGGUCACCUUGACUUCUACCCAAAUGGAGGAACUGUAAUGCCUGGAUGCAAUGAUUUAAUUCUGCAGAUGAAACAAAGUGAUUUUGAGGCUCUCAUUGCAGAUGCUAUAGUCAUCGGAGGGUGCCAUCACUCACGCAGCCAUGAGUUUUAUUUUGAAAGUAUCCUCUAUCCCACUGGAUUCAUUGGAUAUCCCUGUGAAACAUACAAGUCCUUUGAGUCAGGGGACUGUUUCCCAUGUCCCCAGGAAGGAUGCCCAAUGAUGGGACACUAUGCUGACAGAUUUCCAGCUAAACUGAAGAGAAUAAACCAAAAGUAUUUUUUAAAUACAGCAGCAGACCCACCUUUUACUAGCUGGAGACAAAGAGUGUUUAUCAAACUGUCUGGUGUAAAGAGAACGAGGGGAGACAUAAACCUAGUUUUCCAUGACACAGAGGGAAACACAAAAGAAUAUCAAAUUACCAGUGGAGUCCUCUCUCAAGACCAAAUUUAUACAAAAUACCUUGAUGUUGAAAUUAACCCUAAACUUAUUAAAAAAGUUGAAUUUCUCUGGAUUAAAACUCCAUUCACCCUGCUUUGGGCAAGACUGGGAGCAGACACUGUCAAUAUAAUUCAUGGAGGAGAUGGACAUAGAUCAACCUUUUGUGGCCAUGGAACUGUGACAUAUGGAGUUCCCCAGUUACUUACGUCUUGCUAGAAGUCAUUAGGUACAACUGUUCUCUAUACUGCAGCUGGGUAAACAAUCAGUCCUCUGUACAGGAAUGUUUGUACAUGUGGCUAUUAAAGGAAAACUCAUUCUUAAA